GAAUUUUGUGGAAUCAGCUCCCAUCGUUGUUUGUUUCCUGUCGGCCCGUUAUGCGGUUACGCUUCACAUUCCACUCAGCGACAGUGCGAUUCAGACGGAUUCAGACCGCCUGUAUCGGUCAAAAUCUUGCAUUUUCAUCAAAGGUAACCUGGACAUCUGUUUCUCAUCUCUACUCUGUAUAGUUGCACAAUAGAAGGGUUUUGAGAAGCUGUGAGUACCACCAGCCAGCCACACACAAUGGAAGUGGAAGAUCCCUUAUCAGCCAAGUUCAGGACUCUGAUAGAAGGACUCAUGGUAACGACGACCUCAGAGAUAGUAAAAAUAUUUAGCAAAGUGCUGCUUGAGACCAGAGUGGAGAUCACCCGGAGCUGGAGGGAGAUCGACUUGUUGAAGCAGCAUUUGGAGGAAUCUGAGCAGCAAAAGAGAGACGCCAUCUUCAGGGCUCAGAUGGGUGACUUUAAAAGAGAAGAUGACGAGAUGGAAGUGUCACGUGAUAAUUCUCUGCUUGGCGUACAGAGCUCAAACACUCUCAGGCCAGGGGAUGUGGGACCUGAAGAAAGAGCAGAUAAUGUCUCAGUUGGGAAGAGAGGUGUCAGUCUGGGGAAUGCUAAAGCCAGUGGACCAAAGACAGCACGGCCUAUCAAACCAGCUUCAUCAGGCCAUAAGGUCCAGAAAAGCUGUGCAACUGCUGAAAAGUGGCAAGAGACGAAAUGCAAACAGCUUGUGGUAAAACCGAAAAUAGUUUGUUCCACCAAGGUGUCACAAACGAAGGGGGAGAAAGCAUCAUCAAGCAAGACAUCACAGCCCACAUCGGAAAAUUUCAAAAAAAGAAAAAUAAUCAAAAAGCAGAAUGAAAUUAGUGUUGCUCGUGGUCUUCGAGACCGACAGCACCUCAGCAUGCAGAGACAAUGUCUGUGUUGUUCAUCGGAUGAGUGCGAUAACCCCUCUAGAGCCCAGCACCAGGUUCCUAGUGUGUAUAUCUGUCGUAAAUGUGAGAGAAGAUUUAAAACGGACCUCCUGUUCAAGAGUCACAAGUGCACAAUGCCUCAGAAUUGCAACAGGUGUGGGCAGAUGUUCACUACCCUUCAGGGGCUGACCACACACACUCAGGAAGUUCAACCUCAAUUCAGCUGCAGUCAGUGUGAGCAAACGUUUGACACUCAGUGUGCUUGGGCCGUGCACAAGAGGAUCCACACCAAACUUACUGUUCCCAAUGAACUUAAGGCUAAGAGGUUCGAGAUUCGUCUCGAAAGAAUCUCAGACUCCCAACUAGAGGCUGCUUUGUCCUCAAAUUGCUCUUCGUUGCGAAACAACUCUUCAAACCAGAAUCUUUUGAGUGAACCGAAUCUGGCUUCUGCAGCCACAACACCUGGAUCUGCAUGCAAACCCGGUGCAGAAUCCACAACUGCGAACGUCCCAGAGACCAGUACGUCACAACUAUCACCCCAAAGUGUAGCAGAAAACCCAGAUGUAAGACCAGGAAACAUGUCGGAUUCAGGUGUUGGACAGUCAAGUGUCAGGAAAGUAUAUGCCGUCAUGUCAUCUGCCUCUUGCCAAAUUCAGAUUAGUGAAGAUGCAAAUGAAGUGGAUUCAGGAACUGCACACGAAACUGAAAAAGUAACAGAUGACGGAAAAAAUCCCUGUGCAAGUGAGGAGUCCGGACUCUCCGCUCCACCACGAAAGAGGAAAAUGGCAGAUUGUUCUCAUGACGCAUACAAUGGCGUGUUUCCUGUUGAAAAUAUUCUGAGAUGGAGAAACAAUAAGGGAAGAAAUGAAGUUCGGGUCAAGUGGAUGCCUUGCACAUUGUGUGGGGCGAAGUUUCAGAACACGUGGGAACCAGCCGAAAGCUUUCCAGGCUAUUUGGAUGACAAGAAUGAAGAGCCAAAGAAAGACUAGAAGGAUCAGAAAUGAUGUAAAUUGUAUCAGUACGCUUUUAUGAAGUUUUCUGUUUACACUAAGCAUGUGUGCUUUACAAUGCAGUUAAUUUAAUGAAUGUUUUCUCUCCAUGCCAUGUUUUUCCUGCAAUAUACUAUGGCAGUAACCAGUUCCACACAGUUACCCUAGAUAGAUGAGUAGUGAAGUUAAAUAGGUAACAUUACAUUUAAACAUGGUCUUAAGUGCCUGAGAUCAAAAUCUUUGCUUUAUAACUUGUCAAAUUGUAUAAUUAUUUAGUUAGACUUCAGAUGUAUUUGAGUGUUGAAUGUUUAUAUUUACCUCUCUGCAAUCCGUGGUUAAGAUUGGUCUCUUUUGUUAGGUGUUGCGCAGUGUUUUAGAUGUUUGUGGUGAGCCUUAUAUUGAUGGAUUCUGUUUAUACCUAGCAGUCAGAUUUUAAAAUGCUAUUAAUUGACUACAAUGGUGGUGGAUUUGUGUCUUUAACACUAAAUAUCAGUUUAUUAGGCUGGAUUCUUUAACACUAAAUAUCAGCUUUUUAGGCCUAUCCAGUUAAUGAGGAAUGACUCUACCUGCUUUGGGCUUCUUGAUAAACUAAAGAAUUGUAAUGUGGCCAUUCGUUUGGUUUUUGCAGCAGUUGUUGCAGGCUGGCAAAAUAAAGUGGUAGAUGUUGAAUAAACAAUUUUUAAACCCA